GUCGGUUCAAUCGGAAAUUACCUUUACAUUUCUAUCACGCAAUUUGUAAAUCUUCAGCGAUACAGAUAAAUAGAGCACCUAAUAAGCUUCUUCUUCUAUCUCUCUCUACACUGCAGGAUAUCAGAAGCCUUCCCUGUGACAGACCUGUCUGACCAUAUUCAGCCAGCUGGGCUGUGUGACUACUGCUGAACACAGUUGAACAUGACUGAGCCCAACAUGAGCCUAGUGACCAUCAACAUCAGCGGGGCCGGGAGCGACAACCUGGGGUAUGGAGCAGGGAACUUCUACCGUCCGUUUUCGGUGUUCAGCGUGCUAACCCUCACCCUGCUAGCCAUGCUGGUGGUGGCCACCUUUGUUUGGAACCUCCUGGUUCUCCUCACCAUCCUGAGGGUGCGGACCUUCCACCGUGUGCCCCACAACCUGGUGGCUUCCAUGGCCAUUUCAGACGUGAUGGUGGCUGCCCUGGUCAUGCCACUGAGCCUGGUACACGAGCUUAAUGGGCGGCUGUGGAAACUGGGCCGCGUGCUCUGCCAAGUGUGGAUCUCCUUCGACGUGCUCUGCUGCACGGCCAGCAUCUGGAACGUGACCGCCAUCGCCCUGGACCGCUACUGGUCCAUCACCAGACACUUGGAAUACACGCUCAAGACUCGCAAGAGGAUCUCCAAUGUGAUGAUCGUACUCACCUGGCUGCUGUCCUCAGUCAUCUCCCUGUCGCCACUGUUCGGCUGGGGGGAGACCUACUCAGAGGAGGGCAUGGAGUGCCAGGUGAGCCAGGCACCCUCCUACACCAUCUUCUCCACCUUCGGAGCGUUCUACCUGCCGCUGUGCGUGGUGCUCUUCGUCUACUGGAAGAUCUACAAGGCGGCCAAGUUCCGCAUCGGCUCGCGCAAGACCAACACCAUCACGCCUAUGGCUGAGGUGAUUGAGGUGAAGGAGGCAUCGGGGCAGCCCCAGAUGGUGUUCACUGUGCGCCACGCUACGGUGACCUUUCAGAUGGACGGCGACACGUGGCGCGAGCAGAAGGAGAAGAAGGCGGCGCUGAUGGUGGGCAUACUGAUCGGCGUCUUCGUCCUCUGCUGGAUCCCCUUCUUCCUCACAGAGCUCAUCAUCCCACUGUGCCACUGCGACAUUCCACCCAUCUGGAAGAGCAUCUUCCUGUGGCUGGGCUACUCCAACUCCUUCUUCAACCCAUUAAUAUACACAGCCUUCAACAAGAACUACAACAACGCCCUGAAGAACCUGUUCUCCCGCCAACACUAAGCCUGGGGAGGAGGGCUGGAAGGACGAGGGCUGGAGGACAAAAGUGACAGUUUAAAAUAACGGUUAAAAUCAGCGGGUCCUAUCGUCUCUGACCACAGAACAUUGGCCAUAUUUUUCAUUUCAUUUAACACUGAGGCUGGGGCAGAGACUAAGGCUGAGACCACAGGAGGUUGGUGGCACCUUAAUUGGGGAGGACGAGCUUGUGGUUAAUGGCUGGAGCAGAAUAAGUGGAAUGGUAUCAAAUACAUCAAACAAAUGGUGUCCACGUGUUUGAUGCCCUUCCAUUCGUGUCAUUCCAGCCAUAAUUAUGAGCCAUCCUCCCCUCAGCAGGCUCCUGUGGCCGAGACUAAGGCUGGGGAUAAGGCAGAGGCAGAGAAUGGGGCUGAGGCUCAAGCUGAACCACACGAACAGCCACUUCACCAGGAGGCUAGCUCUAUCAGAGCUAGAGAGCAAAUCUGACAAACCAGUACAGGCUCUAUUAGCGUCUCCUUUCCCAACUCUGCAUCAACCAAGUAUUUGCGAAUCAGCUUGUUGAAAGACUUUCAGAACUUUUAUGAUGUUUUUACAUCAAAUCAAGUUUUAUUUGUCACAAAUUUUAAAAAGCUGUCAAAAAGUGAAUUUACAUAACAAUAAUGAGGCUAUA